AGGUUUCACAAUGUCUUUGUUGCCGGAAAGUAGGAAAGGAAUUAAAUCUAGAUACCACCUUGAAAAGCAUAAAGGUCACUCAGCUCUUUGGAUUGGUGGGAAUGGAUUUAAUGGGCCCAUUACCGGCAACAAAGAAGGGAUACCAAUAUAUAAUGACAGCAACAGACUAUCUUACAAGAUGGUUUCAUGCAUUUCCAAUUAAAAAUAAGUCUGCAUCUGUGAUGGCCAAGAAAAUGUACAAAUUCAUACAGCAAUAUGGAUGUCCACAGCAUAUACUGACAUAUUGUGGGUCAGAAUUCAAUAAUGAGCUUAACAUAGAGAUGUGCAAAAAAUUGGGAAUACAACGGAGCUUGACCAGCCCAUACCAUCCAUAAACCAAUGGACUAGCUGAAAACACAAACAAAUCCAUCAAAAGACUGUGGAAGUUGGUUGAUGAUAGUGCGACUAAUUGGGAUGAAUUUCUUGGUGACGUAUUUUCUUUGCAAACAAAACCAAAAUGACAACCAAAUUCUCACCCUAUCGACUACUGUAUGGCUUUGAGCCAAGAUUCCCAGACCAAGUCUCAGACAAGUACACACCAACAGAUUUAGAACAAUUUGAUGAAGAAUACUACAAAGACUACAUCAUGAAAAAUGAAGGCAGCCGGGAUGCUGAAACUAAAGUGGCUAUUACUAAUAUUUCAAAUGCACAAGAAAAGCAACAAAUACAGUAUGCCAAAACUAAGACUCGUAAACAUGGGGAAAUAACAUUCAAAGUUGAUGACACUGUCUUGUUACUGAAUGUGAGAAGGAAAACAAGAAAGGGAGGGCAGCAAGACCCUACCUACGUGGAACCAUACAAAAUUGCCGCUGUAGAGGGCAAAAGAGUUAAAUUAGAAAACAAGUUAGGCAAAGGUUUAGCAACAUUGUACAGUAUCUCCCAACUAAAAGUAUUUAAAGAGCCUCCAAAAUUAGGUGAGGAAAACAUAUCACAGAGAAACAUCGAAAAGGAAACGGCUGUGGAUGACACUGUGAAAACCUCUGAGGUAGGAGAAAUGGGAGGCAAUGUAUCUCACAAGCCUCACAACAGCCAAGUGGAGGUCACACACACAGAAAAGGAGGAGUGUGUAGUGUCAGGAGUUUCAAGCAGUCAUCCAGGUGAUUUUGAUGACAUGGUUAUGGAGGAUGAUGAAGAGAGAGAAUGGUUUCUCAAAGGUAUUGCUUACCACACAAGUGUUUUUAAAAGAUUUUGUUGACACACGUCUAUUUAUGAAGCAUGUCAAUAGUCUCCAUGUGGGAAGGCCACAUGUAAUAUAAUGGCCAACCAGUAACACACUACUAGGCGGAGAAGUCUUCUUCACUACACCAGCACAGGCUUAUACACUUCCGGUCUACAGAGCGGAACUAGUGCGUUGGCUGAGAGACGAACAUAAGGUCCCCAAACCUCCCUGCGCCGUGGCUCCUUCCAAUGGAGUGUCAGAAUUAGCGACCUUGCUGCGACUGAGCAUGCGCAAGUGAUCUGAGCAUGCUCAGUAAUAUCUUCUGAAGCCGGUGCCCUUAGUUGUCUAUGUCAGUGGGAACGUCCAAGCUGCUGAAAAGGGAGUCGGGACGGCCAUGGGCCGUUUGUGCAGGGGCCUAGCUGUUUCUAGAGAGGGUAAAGGGUGCGCAAGCCAAGGUUCAAGAGGGAGAUAUGUUGCCAGGCAGCAGGGGAGGAGCGGAGGCGAUAACAUUUACUGGAAAUGCAGUGAGCCAUCUGCUGUGGUUUCCGAAGUGGGGCAGAGUGGCAGGAGGCUCGUGCUCCUAGCUGUGGGGGGCUGUCAGCGCCCUUCCCUGUGGCUGUGGUGUUAGAGGCGUAGUACAGCCCAAUGCCUAGAACCCAGAGGUAUUUAGGCUCCUAAUUUUCAUUUAUUUAAGAGCCCUGGAAACGAUCCUGUUGCCCCCAUUCUUCAGUUGAUUUACUGACUCCUCAUUAGCUUCUCUGGAGUGAGCUAGGCUACCCUAUGCUUUAACCUCAGGAGGAUGGACAUUGGUGGCAGGUGGGGAGUGGAGUGGCUCUAGCUUAGGUCCUUUGAAAAACCUGAGAUGGUAUCAGACUAUGUAGUAACCUUCCAUAGAAUCUGAAAUGUACACUUUUGACAAAUGAGCAUUGGGGAUCAAACCCCAGCCACAUUCCCGCUAUCCAUCCCAAUUGAUAGCUGUUAGUCUGUUGGUGAUCUCCUUUUUACACUUUGGCAACAUAUGUCAACCUUGUUAUAUCCAUAAGGCUAUUUAUUGAAUUGAGUAUGGAAGGAGCCAAGUAUUUUUUUCCUCAUAGGCUUUUACCCCAUUAAUGGGUUUGUUUAUAUUGUAGUAGUGAUGAAUCUGCUCAUUGCAUAAGGGUUUCUGGUAAAUGUGUGUCACUGAUACAACCUUCUUUCUCUGGUCUCUCUACAUCUGGGCAGAAUUGGCAUACAUAGACAAAGGAGAUAUGUUGUUUCCAAAGGCACCAAGGUCUCUGCUUAAUCCUUCUUGAAGGCUCCUUAUGCUUUUCCUGAGCACUCUACCCAGUAUGGGGGUUUCUUUGCAUGUUCAUAGAAUCAUAGAAUAUCAGAGUUGGAAGGGACCUCAAGAGGUCAUCUAGUCCAACCCCCUGCUCAAAGCAGGACCAA